CUUGACUGACUUGCUGAUGUGUGACCUCCCGAGUUCCACAUCUUGGUCUCCACGACACGAAGGACCAGAGGCGGAUUGGAUAUAAACGAGUUUCAAGCUGCAAAGGCCAUAGCUUUGCUUGAUCCAAUGCCUCUCUCUCCUUCAACUAUGGUCAAGCCACUCUGCAACUUACACCCUCCCCUUCUCUCUUCUUUUCACCACAAACAACCUCUCAUCCUUUUAACCCCUCAGAAACUCCACCAUUUCACCUCCGCAACCAGAACCAGUACGAAACCUCGCCUUUCUCUCUCUCCCCAUUACUCUAAUUCCAGACGCUUUCGUUUCUCUCCCCCAAAAUCAACCUCCAUCAAUGGCUACGCAGCCGAAGAGUACAAGAACGAUCCCCGAGAAUCUGAGGUCGAGCUCCUCGAAAGGCUCCGGAGAGUCUUCGCUUUUCUCCGCUCAAUUUUGCCCGGCGGGACUUGGUGGAGCUUCUCCGAUGAAGCUCAAAUUAGAAUCUUCGCGAAGCCGGUGACUGUGGUGCGCGCUCUUACUCGGAUGUGGGGCUUGGUUUCUCGAGACCGUUGGGUUAUCUUUGCCGCUUUCUCUGCCCUAAUAGUCGCUGCGCUUUCGGAGAUAUCCAUACCGCAUUACUUGACGGCGUCAAUAUUUACGGCACAGAGCGGGGAAGUCGCUGUGUUCCGUCAGAAUGUGCGGCUCUUGGUACUUCUUUGUGUUGUUUCGGGAAUUUGCAGUGGUAUACGAGGAUGCUGUUUUGGCAUUGCAAAUAUGCUUCUUGUCAAGAGAAUGAGGGAAACACUAUACUCUUCACUUCUUCUUCAGGAUAUAUUCUUUUUUGACACUGAAACAGUUGGUGAUUUGACAAGUAGGCUUGGGGCAGAUUGUCAGCAAGUAUCACGGGUUAUUGGAAAUGAUCUGAAUAUGAUAUUACGCAAUGUUCUUCAGGGGACAGGUGCGAUGAUCUACUUGUUAAUUUUGUCAUGGCCUCUUGGUUUAUCUAUAUUGGUGAUAUGCUCUACUUUAGCAGCAAUUAUGCUGAUUUAUGGCCGGUACCAGAAAAAGGCAGCAAAGCUAACUCAGGAGUUCACUGCUUCUGCCAAUGAGGUUGCGCAAGAGACAUUCUCUUUGGUGAGAACUGUUCGUGUCUAUGGAACAGAAAAACAAGAACUUGGAAGGUACAAGCUGUGGCUGGGGAAAUUGGCUGACAUAAGCUUGCGACAAAGUGCUGCAUAUGGUUUUUGGAAUUUGAGCUUCAACACUCUUUAUCACUCAACACAGGUCAUUGCUGUGCUGGUGGGAGGAAUGUCUAUUCUUGCUGGUCAUAUUACAGCAGAGAAACUUACGAAGUUUAUCUUGUACAGCGAGUGGCUAAUUUAUUCAACAUGGUGGGUGGGGGACAAUUUAUCCUCUCUGAUGCAAUCUGUUGGGGCAAGUGAAAAAGUCUUCCAAUUAAUGGAUCUCUUGCCUAGUGACCAAUUUAUAUCAAAAGGAUCAAGGUUGCAAAGACUGGUUGGACAUGUUGAAUUUGUAAAUGUUUCUUUUCAUUAUGCUACAAGACCAACGGUCCCUGUACUGCAAAGCAUCAGCUUAUCGGUGAAGCCUAAUGAAGUGGUUGCUAUUGUUGGUCUUAGUGGUAGUGGAAAAAGCACACUGGUGAAUCUUUUGCUCCGUCUUUAUGAGCCAACAAAUGGUCAGAUUUUGAUUGAUGGUUUUCCUCUACAAGAGUUAGACGUCAAGUGGUGGAGGGAAAGAAUCGGAUUUGUCGGACAGGAACCCAAACUUUUCCGGAUGGAUAUCAGUUCAAACAUUAGUUACGGAUGUACUAGAGAUAUUACACAGGAGGAUGUUGAAUGGGCUGCCAAGCAGGCUUAUGCACAUGAUUUCAUUUUAGCCCUGCCCAAUAGUUAUCAUACGCUUGUUGAUGAUGAUUUACUCAGUGGGGGACAAAAGCAACGAAUUGCCAUUGCCAGGGCUAUUCUUAGGGACCCAACCAUUUUGAUCCUCGAUGAAGCCACUAGUGCACUGGAUGCAGAGAGUGAACACAAUGUCAAGGGGGUUCUUCGUGCUGUCAGAAGUAACAAGGCAACGAGGAGAACUGUUAUAGUUAUUGCACACAGGCUUUCUACCAUACAAGCUGCUGACAGGAUAGUGGUAAUGGAUGCUGGUAGAAUUGUUGAGACUGGCAGUCAUAGGGAGCUUGUUGUUGAUGAUGGCCUCUAUGCACGACUGACUAGAAGACAAGCUGAUGCCGUGGCAUGAUCUAGGAGUAUCAUAACACUACGAGUUGAACUCGUUUGUUCGAUUAAUUUUGUAUGAGAUGCAUUAUGGAUGAUGGAGGUCCAAGCAACUUUCUUACUGCUGAACCAUACAAUUCUUUUGAAAUGAAAACUUGUAGCGGGUAAAGCUGUGAAGGAAGGUCUAUAGAUGAUGCAGCACUGAAGCUUUUGUAGUGAUGCCAUCUCCAUCUUCAAACAGAAUCUGCAGCAUAAUACUCUCCCUUUUGGAACAUCUGUAAUUUGAAAAAGCACAGAUGCAUGCAUUGGAUUGCGGCUGGAUGAACAACCGGAUUGCCAUUUUAUUUUUCUCAGGGAAACAUACUUGUACAACAAAAUUGUUAUAGAAUUUGUGGGUGUACUCACUGUUGAUAUGUAGAACCGAAUAAAAUGAACAGAUGAAAUUAUAGCAAAAAUUGGAUCUCGACUAUGAAUAUACCAGCUUAUUUCGCUAA